AUGUCUUAUCCUCUUAAGAACACGACCACGAUUUCACGAUUUGCACCGGAGGUAGAACCAGCGAAAGCGCGCACGAUGUUACUUGAAACAUAUUUAUAUAUUCGCGAUUUGUACAACGAAUAUGGCACCGACACGACAAAGAUGUUCCGUGACGUCAAAUUGAAUUACCUUCAAAAAACAAAAGACCAAUUACAACGUCUUUUGGACCACUAUUUGAAAGAAAAGACUUUGGAAGAUAUCAAAGAGCAAGUAGAUGAUAUCGACAACUUUGAAGGGAAAACUAAUGUCGAUAAAGAGUUGGACGGGUUGGAAGACGAGUUGAAAGAGUUAGGGUUGGACGAAAUUUCAUCGGAUGAGGAUAUCGAGAAAAAGAUCAUCGAUGAGCUUGGAAUUGACGAAAACGUGUCGGACGUCUCUUCACUCGAAGAAGAUGGACAAGGGUGGUACUAUUUUAAAACAGACGCAGACUACCCGGGAAAUAACAAAAUGGAAGAAGAAGAAAAUGAAGAAGAAAAAGAAGUCAAAGAAAAUCACACAGAACAUGUGAAAAAAGAAGAACAAAAAGAUGAGAAGAAAUCAAAUUCUUAUCGUGUGGAAAAACAGUUGAAAAAUGUGGAACGAAAAAAAGCUAUUCGAGAGAAAAAGGUUCAAGGAAAAAGUGACUCGAAAAAACCAAUGACAAAAGAGAUGAAAGAAGACGCAAAGAAGAAAAAGAGAAUUAAAAAAAUUAAGACGUUUUAA